GUCAUUGAAAUGCCUCUAUAUUUCAUUCAUGAUAGCUCUUCGCAGUUGAAUCUAAACUCAGUGAUAUUGAUCAACCGCGUUCAGGGUUUCUCCGAUUUGCAAAACCCGAAUAUUUUUGGCAAAAUGGAUGUAAAGAAUUUUAUUGUGGAAAAUGGCGUUUAUAAAGGAGAAGAGACGCAUCAGUCGACUAAGUAUAAGAGCCUUGGAGAAUUAAUGUGGGUUAGCAUUACAAGUCAUGAGGACAAAAUUGCACAUUUGGAUGCACAUACUGAUGAAACAUUUACAUAUGCGGAGUUGCAAGAUAAAGCUGUGAGAUGCGCUUUAUGGUUACAAAAGCAAGGAAUCAAAUGUGGCGACGUUAUUAGUGUGUGUACGAGUAAUCAACCCAACUCCAUAGUGCCUUGUAUUGCAGCGGCAUAUGUUAACGCAAUCUUUAAUCCAUGGAACGAAGAUAUGGACUUAUCAACUGCAUUGCACGUUUUACAACUGACUACGCCGAAGGUAAUCUUCUGCAGCGAGAAAUCUGUGGGUGUUAUUUUGAAUGCAAUGAAAGAGAAAAAUUGCAAUCCUAUGGUGGUGGUUUUCGGUAAUCAUGACAGCACGAUUUCGUUGUCCGAUAUCCUAAGGAAUUGUAACAAUGCGGAAGCUGCAAAUUUCCGCUAUGUUGAGCUUGACGACGUCAAAAAGACGGCAUGCAUCAUACAUUCAUCGGGCACGACGGGAAUGCCGGAGGGCGUAGAAUUGGGUACCUUGGAUAUGACAAAUGUACCAACACUUUGGUUCUCAUCUCUUUAUUGGAUCAGCGGAGUAAUACUGAAUGUGAAAGCGAUUUCGCAUGGUGGCACAGUGAUCCUUUAUUCGCAAUUCGACGAGGACAUGACUUGCCAAUUAAUUGAAAAAUAUAAAGUAGCAGUUUUGUUUCUUAGCUCGAGUAUGAUAAACCGAUUUGUCAGAGCAGGUUACGUAAAGAAUUAUUCAUUACCAUCUUUAAAAGUUAUACUAGGUGGUGGUGCAAUAAUUAAACCAAAAAUACAGGAAGAACUAAGACGUUGUUUACCAUACGUUCAGAUAUUACAAGGUUAUGGAAUGACAGAAGUCGGUGGUCUUGUAACAUGUCAAUUACCAAAUCACAAAGACGGAUCUUGUGGAAUAGUAGCUAAGAAUAUGCAAAUAAAAAUUGUGAAUCCUGAAAGCAGGAAAGUACUUGAUCCGAAUCAAUCGGGAGAAAUAUGGAUAAAAUGUGCAAACAUGAUGAACGGUUAUUAUAGGAAUCCCGAGGCGACAAAAAGUACAAUUGAUGAAGAAGGAUGGCUGCACACAGGCGAUAUCGGUUAUAUUGAUGAAGAUGGAGAAUUGUUUAUUAUUGAUAGGAUAAAGGAACUCAUAAAGUAUAGAGGAUAUCAGAUCUCACCCGGAGAAAUCGAGGGUGUCUUAAUAUCACAUCCAGCAGUGCUAGAAGUUGCAGUAAUAUCGAUACCUCAUGCAACAGAUGACGAACAUCCUCUUGCAUAUAUUACCAAAAAGCCCGGCGCCAAGGAAACGGAGCAAGACUUGAUAGACUUUGUAGCAAAAAAUAUGAUGGAUCACUACAAACUUCGUGCUGGAAUUAUAUUUUUAGAUGCCUUUCCGUAUACAGGUUCAGGGAAAAUUGCAAGGAAAGAUUUAAAAGAAAUGACUAAAAAAUUAUUUAAACGCACUAGUUAAUUAUACGUCUUAAAUAUAUAAUAUAUAUGUAUAUAUAAUUGCACUACACUCUGUCGGAUUGUAGACAUUAUAAAUGAAGCAAAUUGA